GGCCGGUGGUGCUGUGGGUGCUCGGGCCGCCCGCCCGCGGCCUGGAGGAGGAAAGUGGUCCCACAUGGUCUGAGGAGCAGCCUGGCCACUCUUUCCAGGCGGGGGCUGUGUUGCUGAGCGAGGAGGCGUCCCCCCAAAGCCGGAUGGGCCAGGACGUGUCAGCAGAAGAGGCCGAUGCAGUGCUCAGGCUGGAAGGCGACGGCGAUCACAUGGUGAUGUUGUCUGUGGUCCCGGGGGGAGCUGAGGACAAAUGGAGCUCCGAGGCCGGCGGUGGCACCUGUGGGGCCGGAGGCGAGGAAGACUCGAGCUGCAAGCUCCGGGAGAGCCUCUUCUCUCUGGACAGCGCUGGGACGAGCUUCCCAGAGCGGGAGGAGGAGGAUGACGCCGAGCGGGGAGCAGCGGAGUCUGAGCGCGUUCCGGCCGAGGAGACCAACAACACUGACAGUCUGAAGUCCCCGAAGGUGACCUGUGAGGAAAGAAAUGUGACAGGAUUCGAAAAUCUUACCUUGAAAAUUUUAAAUAUGUCCCAGGUCAGCAAACAGUGCCUUCCCUCCUUUUCUGCAUGUACGGAUCAUUUCACGUUGCUGUCUCCUUUCCGGCUGAGGGUCACAUCCUGGCUGGGCUGGAAGUGGAGCAGUCCUGAGUGGCUGCGUCGGUGUUGCAGCCUUUCUACCAGGUUCGGCACUGUCGCUGUUCCUAACAUUUUGUUAUUUCAAGGAGCUAAACCAGUGGCCAGAUUUAACCAUACGGACCGAACAUUGGAAACUCUGAACAUUUUCAUUUUCAACCAGACCGGUAUAGAAGCCAAGAAAAACGCGGCGGUCACUCAAGCUGACCAAAUAGGCCCUCUUCCCAGCACUUUGAUAAAAAGCGUGGACUGGUUGCUUGUAUUUUCCUUAUUCUUUUUAAUUAGUUUUAUUAUGUACGCCACCAUCCGAACUGAGAGCAUCCGGUGGCUAAUUCCAGGACAAGAACAGGAACACGUGGAGUAGUGGUCGACUGAAUCUAGAAGUUGGAAAGAGGAAUUUCAGGCUGAACGCUGCAAUUUCAUGUUUUCUCCAGUGAAGUGUUGACCUGCAGCUUUCUUCAGAUUAAAGAAUCAUGCAUUUGUUAACCACUGAAUGUGUAAAAGAAAUUAUCAAUGGGCCUUUUAACAAGUGUUGUAAUAAGCAAAUGCAGAACUGUCCAAUGGAA